AUGGUAGAAGGGGAACCGAACUCUCCAACAUGGAAGUUCACACAAUGUUUUGGCGACAAGGGAGAUGUGGAGGAUAUCACUGAAGCCGAUAUCAUCUCGACUGUCGAAUUCGACCAUACCGGCAAUUAUCUUGCGACUGGAGACAAAGGAGGACGAGUGGUAUUAUUUGAAAGGAACGAGACUAAAAAGACAUGCGAGUAUAAGUUCCAUACUGAAUUUCAAUCUCACGAACCCGAAUUCGACUACCUCAAAUCUCUCGAAAUAGAGGAAAAGAUCAAUAAGAUCAAGUGGUGCAGAAGACAAAAUGCAUCCCAUUACCUCCUCUCUACAAAUGAUAAGACUAUCAAGUUAUGGAAGGUUUUUGAGAAGUCCUUGAAAGUAGUGGCCGAAAACAACCUCUCGCACGACUUGACCCCAGGAAAUACUGCAGGAGGUGGUGGUGCUGUUCGACCUAUCUCGAGUGUUCAUUUCAAUAGCGCUCACGACCUCAAACUACCCCGCCUCACCCAUCACGAUACUGUCGUAGCAGCAGUACCUCGCCGAACGUAUGCCAACGCUCAUGCAUAUCAUAUCAACAGCAUCUCGGUCAAUAGCGAUGGAGAGACCUUCAUCAGCAGCGAUGACUUGAGGAUAAACCUCUGGAAUUUGAAUAUUCAAGACCAGAGCUUCAACAUUGUGGACAUCAAGCCAGCAAACAUGGAGGAGUUGACUGAAGUCAUCACGGCCGCAGAAUUUCAUCCACAGAGCUGCAAUUGGUUCAUGUAUGCAAGCUCAAAAGGUACAAUCAAGCUUGCAGACAUGAGAGAGAGCGCUCUGUGUGAUCAACAUGCUAAGCAAUUCGAACAAGAGGAAGACCCAUCUGCAAGAUCCUUCUUCUCUGAGAUCAUCUCGUCCAUAUCCGAUGUUCGAUUCUCUCAUGAUGGUCGCUAUAUUCUCUCACGUGAUUACCUCACUGUCAAGAUCUGGGAUGUCAACAUGGAGAGGCAACCAGUCAAGACUAUCCCUAUCCAUGAACACCUCCGACCUCGCCUCUGUGAUACUUACGAGAAUGACAGCAUCUUCGAUAAAUUCGAGGUUGUCUUCUCUGGUGAUGCCAAGAAUGUCAUGACAGGAAGUUAUAACAACAACUUCAUGAUCUAUCCUUCGGACCCAGACAAAGAAGUCGAAGUUGUUCUCCAGGCUGACAAGUCGGCAUUUAAAGCCAAGAAAGUUGGCGUUCCCACUCCAAUUAACUCCUCAACCAGUCCCACAGCUACUAAUGGCGGCAAGAAGGGUGGUUCAAGAGCUGGCAGUCCUGCAGCUGGUGCUUCUGGCCAAGGCGGUAGAAUGAGAAAAGAGACCGACGCAGACCAGAUCGACUUCAACAAGAAAAUCUUGCAUAUGAGCUGGCAUCCAUUUGAAGAUAGCAUUGCCAUUGCGGCUACCAACAACCUUUUCGUCUUCUCGGCAUUGUAG